GGGCCGAGCAGCAGCAGCAGCAGCAGCGACUGACUGGCCGAAAAAGACAGAGAGUCGCGCGCGCGCCUUUAUGACUGCCUCAUAUAAAAGCAGCCAGCGAGAGUCCGCACCCGAUCAUACAGACGUUCGCGGCUGAAAACCUCGCAGCGAAUAGGCGGCGCGGCUGGCUCGAUACUCGCACCGAAUUCUCGCUUCUCAGCCUCACUCGUGCGCGGCCUGUCUCUCCGCUCGUGUAUACAAACAGCCAACUUUUACUCUUCGGCUCGGCAGCCUACCUACCUCACCGUACGACUCCAAAACUUCGUCGAUCAUGAGUUUCAAGGUGCUCGUGAAAGUCUGCGAGACUGGCAUUUUGGCUGGCCGCAAUGGACAACUCGUCAAAUUCGGACGCUGCUUCAGCACAACUGGCACCGUGUCAAAGGCCAUGCUGGAGGACUCGCCAAAUGCAGCUAUCGACAAAACCCUGCUGAACAGGUACUUUAACCUGCCCCAGCCAGAGAAUAAAAUUCAAGCCAAGUACGUAUGGAUCGAUGGCACCGGCGAGGGUCUGAGGAGUAAAUCCAGGACGCUCGACUUUGUCCCUAAAAACCCCGAAGAACUUCCCAAGUGGCAGUACGACGGCAGCUCGACGUAUCAAGCCGAGGGCGAGAACAGCGACAUAUUCCUGAAGCCUCAGGCCAUCUACAAGGACCCGUUCAGGCGCAACAACAACAUCCUCGUACUGUGCGACACGUACUACUCGGACAUGACCCCGACCAAGUCGAACAAGCGAGCAGCCGCCGCCGAGGCGAUGGAGAUGGUCAAGAGCCACGACCCGUGGUUCGGCAUCGAGCAAGAGUACACGUUCCUCGACAUGGACGGCCGACCCCUCGGCUGGCCGAAGAACGGCUUCCCCGGACCCCAGGGGCCCUACUACUGCGGCGUCGGCGCCGACCGAGUGAUCGGCCGCGAGAUCGUCGAGGCUCACUACCGAGCCUGCCUGUACGCCGGCGUCGACAUCUCCGGGACCAACGCCGAGGUGAUGCCCAGCCAGUGGGAGUACCAGGUCGGGCCCAGCCUGGGCCUCAAGGCCAGCGACGACCUCUGGAUCUCGCGCUUCAUCCUGCACCGACUGGGCGAGGAGUUCGGCGUCGUGGUGACCCUCGACCCCAAGCCCAUGCCGGGACACUGGAACGGCGCCGGGGCCCACUGCAACUUCUCGACCAAGGCCAUGCGCGAGGAGAACGGCAUCGAGGAGAUCAGGCGCGCCAUCGAGAAGCUGAGCAAGCGCCACGAGAAGCACAUCAAGGCCUACGACCCGAGGGAGGGCAAGGACAACGAGCGCCGUCUGACCGGCAAGUGCGAGACCAGCAGCAUCCACGACUUCAGCUCGGGCGUGGCCAACCGGGCGGUGAGCAUCCGCAUCCCGAGAGGAGUCGCCGAGCAGAACAAGGGCUACCUCGAGGACCGCCGACCGAGCAGCAACUGCGAUCCCUACUCGGUCACCAAUGCCCUCGUGCGCACCUGUGUGCUCAACGAGUAAAUUUACGCGAGAGACGUUUCGAGGAGAGGAGACGAAGGACGCCCGCAGCCCACCGAAGCCGGCCCUCGACCUGAUAAAACGACUCGAAGCUGCAGCUGCCUCAGGGACUUUUGAAACACUUGUAAUCGACAUCGAUCGGCGCGUACACGAGUCGUGCGAGCUUUUCUCCAUCGAUAUCAAACAUUCCGCUCGUUCCCUCCAAGCAGCUGCCAAAACAAAA